CCCGACAGCCCUAGCGUCUGUCUAGCGCUCCCCAAGAUGGCGGCUGACAGUGAGCCGGAGUCUGAGGUAUUUGAGAUCACGGACUUCACCACAGCCUCGGAAUGGGAAAGGUUUAUUUCAAGAGUUGAAGAAGUUUUGAAUGAUUGGAAACUGAUUGGAAACUCUUUGGGAAAGCAACUUGAAAAGGGUAUAUUUACUUCUGGCACAUGGGAAGAGAAAUCAGAUGAAAUUUCCUUUGCUGAUUUCAAGUUCUCAGUCACUCAUCAUUAUCUUAUACAAGAAUCCAGUGAUAAAGAAGGAAAGGACGAAUUAUUAGAAGAUGUUAUUCCACAAUCUAUGCAAGAUUUGCUGUGCAUGAACAAUGACUUUCCUCCAAGAGCACAUUGCCUGGUGAGAUGGUAUGGACUGCGUGAAUUUGUGGUGAUUGCUCCUGCUGCAAACAAUGAUGCUGUUCUCAGUGAAUCCAAGUGCAAUCUUCUUCUGAGUUCUGUGUCUAUUGCUUUGGGAAACACUGGCUGUCAGGUGCCACUUUUUGUGCAAAUACAUCACAAAUGGAGGAGAAUGUAUGUGGGAGAGUGUCAGGGCCCUGGUGUCCGAACUGAUUUUGAAAUGGUUCAUCUUCGAAAAGUGCCAAAUCAGUACACUCACUUGUCAGGUCUGCUGGAUAUCUUCAAAUCAAAGAUUGGAUGUCCUUUAACUCCAUUGCCUGCAGUUAGUAUUGCUAUUCGAUUUACCUAUGUACUUCAGGAUUGGCAGCAGUAUUUUUGGCCUCAGCAACCCCCAGAUAUAGAUGCCCUUGUAGGAGGAGAAGUUGGAGGUCUGGAAUUUGGCAAGUUACCGUUUGGUGCCUGUGAAGAUCCUAUUAGUGAACUUCAUUUAGCAACAACAUGGCCUCAUCUGACUGAAGGGAUAAUUGUGGAUAACGAUGUUUAUUCUGAUCUGGAUCCUAUUCAGGCUCCCCAUUGGUCUGUUAGAGUUCGAAAAGCCGAUAAUCCUCAGUGUUUGCUGGGUGAUUUUGUCAGUGAAUUUUUUAAAAUUUGCCGUCGAAAGGAGUCAACUGAUGAAAUUCUCGGACGAUCCACAUUUGAUGAAGAAGGGAGAGAAAUUACUGAUAUAACUCAUGCUUUGUCAAAGUUGACUGAGCCAGCACCGGUUCCAAUUCAUAAAUUAUCAGUUUCAAAUAUGGUACACACUGCAAAAAAGAAAAUACAAAAACACAGAGGUGGAGAAGAGUCACCACUGAAUAAUGAUGUCCUCAAUACUAUUCUCUUGUUCUUAUUUCCUGAUGCUGCAUCUGAAAAAUCAUUAGAUACAAAUACUUCAACAGACAACAAUAAUCCUCCAUCAGAGAAUGAAGAAUAUAAUCUAUACAACCAGUUCAAAUCUGCACCAUCUGACAGUUUAACAUACAAAUUGGCUUUGUGUCUUUGUAUGAUCAAUUUCUACCAUGGAGGGUUAAAAGGAGUGGCACACCUUUGGCAGGAAUUUGUUCUUGAAAUGCGUUUCAGAUGGGAAAACAACUUUCUGAUUCCAGGAUUGGCAAGUGGACCCCCUGAUCUAAGAUGUUGUUUACUGCAUCAGAAACUACAGAUGUUAAACUGCUGUAUUGAAAGAAAGAAGGCACGUGAUGAGGGGAAAAAGACAAGUGCCUCAGAUAACAUCACUAAUACAUAUCCAGGGAAUGCUAGAAAAACUGGAGACCUUUUGGGGUCAGAGAAUCUGAAAGAUACAGAUAAAGAAAAGGGAGAGGUGGGAAAAUCUUGGGACUCUUGGAGUGACAGUGAAGAAGAAUUCUUUGAAUGCCUAAGUGAUACUGAAGAACUUAAGGGAAACGGACAAGAGAGUGGCAAGAAAGGAGGACCUAAGGAGGUGGCAAAUUUAAAACCAGAGGGACGUCUCCUUCAGCAUGGGAAGCUCACACUGCUGCAUAAUGGAGAACCUCUCUACAUUCCAGUAACCCAAGAACCAGCACCUAUGACAGAAGAUCUGCUAGAAGAGCAGUCUGAGGUUUUAGCUAAAUUAGGCACAUCAGCUGAAGGGGCUCACCUUCGAGCACGCAUGCAGAGUGCCUGUUUGCUCUCAGAUAUGGAGUCUUUUAAGGCAGCUAACCCCGGUUGUUUUCUGGAAGAUUUUGUGAGGUGGUACUCGCCCCGGGACUAUAUUGAAGAGGAGGUGAUUGAUGCAAAGGGCAAUGUGGUUUUGAAAGGAGAACUGAGUGCCCGAAUGAAGAUUCCAAGCAAUAUGUGGGUAGAGGCCUGGGAAACAGCUAAGCCAAUUCCUGCCAGAAGGCAGAGAAGACUCUUUGAUGAUACACGGGAAGCAGAAAAGGUGCUACACUACCUGGCAAUCCAGAAACCUGCAGAUCUUGCACGGCACCUGUUACCUUGUGUAAUUCAUGCAGCUGUUCUCAAGGUAAAGGAAGAAGAAAAUCUGGAAAACAUUUCUUCAGUUAAGAAGAUUAUAAAACAGAUAAUAUCCCAUUCCAGUAAAAUUUUGCACUUCCCCAAUCCAGAAGACAAGAAAUUGGAAGAAAUCAUUCUUCAGAUUACUAAUGUGGAAGCUACAAUUGCUAGAGCCCGGUCACUGAAAGCCAAAUUUGGAACUGAGAAAUGUGAACAAGAGGAGGAAAAGGAAGAUUUAGAAAGGUUUGUGAGUUGCCUUUUGGAGCAGCCUGAAGUGUUAGUCAUCGGUGCAGGACGAGGACAUGCUGGCAGGAUCAUUCACAAGUUAUUUGUGAAUGCUCAGAGGCUGACUGAAUCUUCUGAUGAGGCUGCAACCAUGGCACCACCAGAGGAGGAAUUGAAGAGAAUGGGCUCCCUUGAAGAAAGAAGACAGAACUCCUUGUCAGAUUUCCCACCUCCUGCUGGCCGGGAGCUCAUUUUGCGCACCACGGUGCCCCGCCCUGCUCCUUAUUCCAAAGCUCUCCCCCAGCGGAUGUACAGUGUUCUCACCAAAGAUGACUUUAGACUUGCAGGUGCCUUUUCAUCAGAUACCUCCUUCUUCUAG